AUGUCAUCUAAAGGUAAAGCCACCAAAUCUAAACAAGAUAUGUCGGCAGCUGGACUAGCCAAUAAAUUAAAUCAGCUUGAAACCAAGGAAAAGAAUGUACAAGAUCCUAAGAAUAUGUCAGAGACAGAAAAUGCAGUGCCAAAUGAUCAUCAAAAAGAAAGUUCAAUAAACAAACUAUCAAAAAUAUCACUUAAAGGCAAUGAUGAAGUAGAUCGAGCUAUAUUAGAAGAUAAAAACGAGAAAAGAGCAUCAGAAAAUGAGACCAAGUUAAAGGCUGGCAAGAUGGGAAAUGUAGAGUUAAUAAAUAGUGAUAAGACAAGAGAACAAGUAAAGGCUGAAAGAGCUGCAAAAAAAGCAGUAAAACAAGCAAAAAAGAAAGGUGAUAUUAAAGAAUCUAGUGAUCCUAUUAAAAAAAUUGUGGAAGAAACCAUAGUGGCUUCAAAGAAAGAGUUUUUAGUAAAGCCUGAAGUAAGUAAAAUGAAUAAUGACAGAGUUGAAGAAAGUAAUUUACCUGUAGAAAAAGAUUUAACAGUCCAGGACGUAGUAGAUACUUUGAAAGAUAUUGUUAAUGUAGCAAAAGAAGUUCAAGCUGUAACAGAUAAAGUUAAAGCAAUUGAAUUAGGAGGAAAAAAGUCCGAAGAAAGCAACAAAAGCAAAGCAGAACUAAAAGCAGAAAGGAGAGCAAAGCAGGAAGCUCAAAGAGCUGCCAAAAUGGCUCAGCAAAAACUUGUUGCCAAGUCGGCAGACAAAGAUGAAAAAAAGAUGGAGGAUACACAGAAACUUUCAGGUAAGACUGUGAAAACAACAGAAAAAUCUAAACCAAAAGUGCAGAGUUUCCACAGAGUGAACUGGUUCCAACACUUAUACACUGAGCAUGAUAAGGAGUCGCUGAAGAAGAUUGCACUCAAUUCCAACUUGCAUCCUGCUAUCAUCAAACUAGGUGUACAGUUGGCAUCUCAAGUAGUCACUGGUUCAAAUGCUAGAUGCAUAGCACUGUUAGAUGCUCUUAAGAAGAUGGUACGUGACUAUAGCUUGCCUGCAAAAACAGAGUUUGCUCGAGGACUGGAGUCCCAUUUAGCGGCAAGCCUGGAGUUCUUAUGGGCUAUGAGGCAGCCAUCUGCUUCUCAAACCAACGCAAUUAAAUACUUCCGACGUCAGCUAAAUCAACUACCCAAUAAUGUUGAUGAGUUUGAUGCUAAAAAGGCGCUUCAAGAAGAGAUCGACAGAUACAUUCGAGAACAAAUAGAUAUGGCUGGAGAAGCUAUCAGCAUAGCGGUGCGAAAUAAAAUUUCCAACGGCGACAACAUUUUGACAUAUGGAUGCUCGUCGCUGAUCGAGCGCAUCCUGUGCGAGGCGUGGUCGGGCGGCGCCCGCUUCCGAGCGGUUGUUGUUGGCGACCGCGUGCGGAGGGGGGCGCGCGAGAUGCUGCGCCGGCUCGAGGCGGCGGGGCUGCCGUGCGCCUACGCGGACGUCACCGCUGUCAGCUUCCUCAUGGGCGACGUGAACAAGGUGAUACUGGGCGCCUGCUCGCUGCUCGUGAACGGCUCCGUGCUGGGCCCGGUGGGCAGCGCGCAGGUGGCGCUGGUGGCGCGCAGCCACAACGUGCCCGUGCUGGUGGCCUGCGAGACGCACAAGUUCUCGGAGCGCGUGCAAACGGACGCGUUCGUUUAUAACGAACUGGGGGACCCCGACGACCUGAUUGACAAGAGCGACGACAAUUCGCCUCUGAGGGAUUGGAGGUCGAGCCCCAACCUGACGUUGCUAAACCUUACGUAUGAUGUCACGCCGCCCAGUCUCGUCACCGCAGUGGUGACAGAGCUGGCGAUUCUUCCUUGCACAAGUGCGCCAGUAGUUGUGCGCUUCAAACAAUCUGAAUAUGGCAUA